AUGCAGUCCUUCAUCCUCAGCACAGUAUUCGCUGGUCUCGCGGCUGCUGCUGCCGGCCCGUACGCACAAUGCGGUGGUAAUAGCUGGGCGGGAGAUACUGAAUGCCAGUCCGGGUACACUUGCAUGGUAUCAAACGAGUGGUACUCUCAGUGCUUACCUGGCACUGCUGCUACCACUACUGCGGCCACGACUACGAAGACAGCGAUACCAAGCUCUACUACCUCUACCGCAGCGCCUACCUCAACGGGUGCCGCCGGAGCGCUCAAGUGGCUUGGUAUCAACUUGUCGGUGGCCGAAUUCGGAACCGGUAUCUACCCUGGAACUUGGGGCACAGAAUUCUAUUUCCCUUCGGAAGACGCUAUAGCAACUCUUAUGGCUGAUGGCUACAACCUGUUCCGCGUGGCUUUCUCCAUGGAGCGUCUCGUUCCUGACAAGCUGGCCAACGAUGUCUCUGCCAACUACCUUAAGAACUUGACUGCUACCAUCGACUACAUUACGGACAAGGGCGCUUACGCCAUUCUAGACCCACACAACUUCGGGCGCUACUACGGUAACAUCAUUACCGACACAGAUGGUUUCGGUAUCUUCUGGACCAAGCUAGCGACAGCAUUCGCCUCCAACGAGAAGGUCAUCUUUGACACCAACAAUGAGUACCAUGAUAUGGACCAGACACUCGUCUUCGAACUCAACCAGGUCGCCAUUGACGCCAUCCGCGGCGCCGGCGCGACCUCGCAGUACAUCCUCGCUGAAGGCAACGGCUGGUCGGGCGCACACGUCUGGAACACGACGAACGACAACCUCUCCGGCCUGACGGACUCCGCCGACAAGCUCAUCUACGAGAUGCACCAAUACCUCGACUCGGACAACUCGGGCACGUCCGACAUGUGCGUAUCCGCCACCAUCGGCGUAGACCGCCUCAUCGGGGCCACUGAAUGGCUCCGCGAGAAUGGCAAGAUCGGUAUCCUGGGCGAGUUCGCCGGCGGCGCCAACGCCCAGUGCAAGAGCGCCGUCACGGGCUUGCUCGACCACUUAAUGGAGAACAGCGACGUUUGGCAAGGCGCCUUGUGGUGGGCUGCCGGACCAUGGUGGGGUGACUAUAUUUACAGCUUCGAGCCUCCGAGCGGCACCGGCUACACCUACUACAACGAUUUGCUCAAGACUUACGCCCCUUAG